AUGGAUACCCCAGACACUAGCAGUCUAGCCCUUGAGCUAGACAUCCUCGGUCAGCUUCCCGCGCUGAGGAUUUACACCCAAAUCAGCCUGUGCUUCCCCGUUCCUGACCCCGCCGCUCACCCCACCAUCGUCGACACCUUCAACAAGGGUCUUGAGCGACUCUCGACAAGCUUCCCUUGGGUUGCGGGACAAGUCAAAUGCUUUGAUGAGAGCGAGGGAAAUACCGGCACCUUCAAAAUCGUCCCCCUUGACAAGACACCACCUGUCGUGGUCAAGGACCUUCGCAAUGACCCCUCUGCGCCCACAAUGGAGGGCCUCAGAAAGGCCGAGUUUCCCAUGAGCAUGUUUGACGAGAAUGUCAUUGCGCCUAGAAAGACACUGCCUAUAGGCCCCGACUAUUCGCCAGAUAACCCUGAGCCUGUUCUGAUCUUUCAACUCAACUUUAUCGAGGGUGGUCUGAUCUUGACCGUCAACGGCCAGCACGGAGCUAUGGACAUGACUGGACAGGGAGAGCUCAUCCGCCUGCUAUCAAAAGCCUGCCGGAAUGAGCCCUUCACAGAAGAAGAAAUUGCGACAAUGAAGCUGGAGAGAAAGACAAUUGUCCCAUUCCUAGAGGGUAUCGAGGAAGCCGAGCUUGAUUCUCAUCUCGAAAACCAAAUCCUCAAGACUCCUUCAACACCUCCACCGGCUCCUCCAGAGCCAGCACCUGCCAGCUGGGCGUUCUUUUCCUUCAGCAACCAAUCACUUCACGAGCUCAAGGCCAAAGCAACAAGCACACUUGAUGCAUCUACGCAAUUUGUCUCGACCGAUGAUGCACUCACAGCAUUCAUCUGGCAGUGUGUUUCUCGAGCACGCCUCGCCCGCCUAGAUCCCGCAGCCGAGACCAAGUUUUCUCGCGCUGUCGACGUGCGCACUCAGGUUGGAGCUCCCAAGGGUUAUCCAGGCCUUCUACAAAACAUGACCUACCACAGCGGCACACUACAGCAAAUCGCAGACGGUCCCCUCGGCGCCGUAGCAUCAAACUUCCGCUCCGAGCUAGGACGAGACCGUCUCGAGUUCCGCACUCAAGCCUUUGCGACAAAACUCCACCGCACCCCAGACAAGUCCAUCUUCUCCCUCACAGCGGGCGCCGACCCAUCAGCCGACAUUAUGCUCAGCUCGUGGGCCAAGGUGGGCUGCUACGAUCUCGAAUUUGGCUUUGGGCUGGGAAAGCCCGAGUCGGUCAGGCGGCCGCUAUUCGAGGCCUUGGAGUGCCUGAUGUACCUACUGCCCAAGAGACCGGAUGGGGAGAUUACGGCGGCUAUCGCGUUGAGGGAUGUGGAUAUGGAGAGGUUGAAGGGGGGUGAGGAGUGGUCCAGAUAUGGGCGAUUUAUCGGGUAG